AUGAAGAACACCGGCGGUGGACAUAGGAGUCACCCAACGGUAAGACUCAUGCGGAGAUCGACCACGUUCUCACUAACCGAAGGGAUGCUUACUAGACGUCUCAGUGAUACCAUCCUUCAGCAGUGGUUCGAUCACCGCCUCCUUCGAGCAAAAGUGCGAUUCAGCCGAAAGCUGAAAAAGAAGAUCUGUCAACGUGUUGAAAAGGACAAGACUGGAGACCUGCUGACCAUUUGUGACUCGUCCAUCGAGGAGACCUGA